AUGCAGCAACCUGAAGGCGAAAAGGCCCAUGUCCUGGUCACACCCCUCUGGGUGUUCGUCACCCGCAUCUUCCAGAUUCUCAUUUCUGUAGCCAUCCUCGGCUUGGCUGCUGAUUUGGCGCACGAUGCCUAUCUUGAUGAGGAAGGCCUUGCCCUGGCUGUUUCUCUCAUCACUUGGAUCGUCGUCUUGUAUGCCAUCCUUACCGAGCGACUCCCAACGCUGUACCAUAUCUAUCAUGUAGUCGCCAUCAUCGUCCUCGACGGCGUGUUGAUGAUUCUUUGGCUCGCAACCUUUGCUGCUGUCGCUGCCAGGCGCGCGCAGUUCGUCUUCCACGUCUCUGUGCAGGGAUGCUUCAACGACGGCAGCGUCUUCAACAGCGAGACAUGCUACAGGAAGCGCGACAUUGGCAAGCGCGAUGUCAUCUUGUUUAAGAGAGGUGGUGACAUGCUUUCUGCCAUUGCUGGCCUUGGUGCUUUGGUCUGGCUUCUCUUUAUUGCAACCUUUGCCUGGACUCUUCACAACUUCCUCAAGGGCCGCAAGGAAGGCAGAUUCUUGUUUGACAACGAGACUGCCACUCCUCAGACCAUUGCCAUGGAGACCAAGCACGAUACUCAGGCUCAGCAGCAGGCUCCCCUCCAGCCCCAGCCUGCUGCCCAGCCUGCUGCCCAUCAAACCGCCCAGUAUCCUCCUCAGGAGCAAUACCCACAGGGCCAAUAUCCUCCUCAGACUACCAGCCCUUAUCCUCCCGCCCAGUCUCCUUACCAGCCCCAGCCUGCCUACUCCCCUCCUCCCCAGGAACAUCAGCAGGCAGCGUACGGCCAGUAUCCUCCUCAGCACUACCCGCCACAGGGUUACCAUGAAGCGCCCUCUGAGGUUUCAUCUACGCAUCCCCACCAGCAGCCUCCCUAUGAGACUUCAUAG